AUGGACAUCGACUGGGAAAGUGCUCACCAUGAACUUCUUCAGUUUCUGAUUCAUGAAGUCAAGGAAUAUUUAUCUUUUGACCCAAAUUCUACUUUUUACGCUCUAGCGCUGGACAUAGAAUUCGAUCACUUACGAGUUAGUAUAGCUCUAAACACAAUUGCCAAACACGAGCGUAUCUUAAAGCAAUAUUAUUUGGGAGAUGAGACAAAUUCAGAAGAGAAAUUUGAUAUCAAAUACAAUACGGGCGAUUGGGAAGAUGGUAUAUUUGCCAAUAAGUUCCUAGUUGACAGUGAAACAUUUGACAAUUUUACAAGAGUAGCUUCAGACGAACAAGUAGAAAGUGUGAACGCAAAGUUCCGAGCAACUGCAUGGUCUGUUCUUAAGAAAUUUGUGGAUACAAAUGAGUACGAAUCCAUUCCCAAAGUAAGACCAUUUGUGGCCUUCGUAAUUGAUCAUGAUGAAGAAGUUGAAGACGCAUUGAGGCUCGCCAAAGAGGCAGGAACAAGUGAGCUGUGA